AUGUCGUCGCCGCUUAACUUUACGCCUUGGAGGAGGAGAGCUUUGAGUGCUGCUUCGCAACGGGACAACGAACAAGCCCAAUUGCCGCACGACGAACCUUCAACCUCGCCUCCUCAUCAUGGCCAUAGUCCUCAUCUUCCAAUUGUAAGGCCGGCCUCAAUUAGCUCUGCUGCCGGCCACAGAGAGCCUAUUAGGUCUUUCAUCCAUGGUUCUAUGCGAGAUAAUUUAGCACCUAUGGAUAGCAUUCAGAACGCUCGAUCCGUCCGCCAGGACACUGCUGAGCUUGCGACUUACUUGCUUUCCGACCCCAAGACACAGCAAAACUCUUCCGUCAUCCAGCGAGCAAGAGUCUCGUACCAGGAUUCGAUCGACUCAGAGGUUAUCGACGACUCGUCUACAGCUGAGAACCCCCGUUCCUCGAAAACAAUCCUCGAAGUUCCCGAACCACCGUCACCAGAUGGCCAAGAAGAUGAUCUCGAUGAGGAUGCAGGACCGUCAGUACUGGCCAACCUUCUCAAACGAUCCCCUCCCCAAUCGAUCGCACCAGAUCAGCCAAGUGUUGAGCAUGAAGACGAUCAUGUCGACGAUCACCAAGCGGAGCAGGAACAGCGCCGAAUUAGCCACGCGGAGGAUGCGACAGAGCAGACGCCUCUGCUUACACGGAUAACUUCAAACGGCCGACGAUCUUACUCCGAUCUCGAGGGACAGAAGUCUCAGGCGAAGAGCUCAUGGUUCAAUGGUUUCCUGGAAGUCGGCCACAGGAUGGAAGAGAGGAUGUCGGUUGCUAUCAAUCCCAAGAAGUGGGAUCGCCAGGCGCUUUGGAAGAAUGUAGUUCUUACUCCGACCUCAUGCCUUCCGGCUGUUGCUGUUGGUCUACUGCUCAAUAUUCUGGAUGCUCUAUCAUAUGGAAUGAUUCUUUUCCCAUUAGGAAAACCAAUCUUCUCCCACCUUGGAUCUGCCGGAAUUUCUGUCUUUUAUGUUAGCACUAUUGUUUCGCAAAUCACCUUUUCAUCUGGCAGUAUUUUCAAGGGUGCAGUUGGUUCUGAGCUGAUCGAGGUUGUACCUUUCUUUCAUAACAUGGCAGGAAAGAUCACUGAAGUUGUUGGGGAAGAAAACCCCGAUGCCGUGAUUGCCACUACUAUUGUGUCAUUCUCCGUCAGCGCCAUGAUGACGGGACUGGUAUUCUAUCUCAUGGGUCGAUUCAAAGUUGGUUACAUGGUCGGGUUCAUUCCCAGACAUAUCCUUAUUGGCUGCAUUGGAGGUGUAGGUUGGUUCCUGAUAGCUACCGGCUUCGAGGUUUCUGCUCGACUUGACGGUAGUCUACAGUACAACCUUGACACUCUAAAGCAGCUUUCUGACCCGGCCACCGUGCCUCUCUGGGUCGUUCCCUUGGUUCUUGCCAUCAUCCUCUUUUACGGCCAGUCCAAGAUUCCUUCCAAGUUCUUCCUUCCAUUAUUUAUCCUAGCGAUCCCUCUGAUUUUCUAUUUCUUUGUACUUGCCCUGGACACACUAGAUGUUGAUACACUACGUGACCAUGGCUGGAUCUUCGAAGGUCCUCCUUCUGGGGAGCCAUGGUGGUAUUUCUAUACCCUCUACAAGUUCCACCUUGUCCGAUGGGAUGCGGUUAUCGAAUGCGUGCCUGCUAUGCUUGCUUUGACCUUCUUCGGCAUCCUCCAUGUCCCUAUCAACGUCCCUGCCUUGGCCCUUAAUAGUGGCGAAGAUCAUGCCGACCUUGACAAGGAGUUGAGGCUUCACGGGUACUCUAACCUCUUAUCUGGCUGUUUUGGCAGUAUUCAAAAUUACCUCGUCUAUGCAAACACCGUCUUCUUUAUGCGAUCUGGAGGAAAUAGUCGCCUCGCAGGUUACAUGUUGGCCGCGGCCACGUUCGGUGUCAUGAUCAUUGGACCAUCUCUGAUUGGAUUUAUCCCCGUCAUGAUGGUUGGCACUCUGAUUUAUGAUCUUGGUUUCGAGCUACUGCUUGAGGCCCUAUGGCUUCCACGUAAGAAACUUAAGCUGGCCGAAUACCUGACUGUUGUUGUGAUUGUCCUCGUAAUGGGCAUUCACGAUUUUGUUGUUGGUAUCGGAGUCGGUAUCUUGUUGGCUUUUGUGUCGUUGAUCUUGCAGACAUCUCGUGUCUCUGCCAUUAGAGGAAAUUACUCUGGCGAUAUCGUCACGUCCACUGUUAGACGUAACCCUUCUCAACAGCGUUACUUGCACGAGGUCGGUCGACAGAUCUACAUCGCCAAGCUCACAGGCUACCUUUUCUUCGGCACCAUCGUCAGUGUGGAAGAAAGGAUUCGAGCGCUUCUCGAGGACAGCGCAUUCACCAAACAACCUAUCAAAUUUCUUAUUCUCGACAUGUGGCAUGUCACAGGACUCGACUACUCUGCGGGCGAGGCUUUCAAUACCAUCAGCCGGUUACUGGACAACAAGGAUGUGGUUCUUGUCUUGAGCGGUGUCGACUCAGAAACUCAACUUGGCCGUAACCUGAGAGCCGUUGGACUUGGCAACGAUGGCAUCGAAGUCAUGAUGUUGCCCAACCUCAACUCUGCCCUCGAGAGCUGUGAGAACGAAUUACUCAAGACUCUUUACGCCCGACAAGAAGAGAUCAACACUUUAAGACGUAUAUCGGCACAGUCAGCACAGAACCUGGAUGUCCCUUCAAACAAGUCAUCUGGCUUCUCGUCGUUCGAUCCGCCUUUCAACUCUCCGCGUCGCAACCACCUCGCUGAGGCCGCUCGGGAUGCUCUGAGCAGCGUCGAGGUACAACGGCCGAAGAAGUGGCAGAGCUUCAAGGAGCCACUUCGUCUCAUGCUCCAGGUUUUCCAAGACCUAAGUGACAAGAACGAGGAUUUUUGGUUUCCCGCGACUUCUUACUUCUCGCGGCGUGAGGUUCCAGCUGGCACUGUUCUCUUUAGGCGUGGUGAGCAGGCCAACGGAUUUUACCUUUUGGAACGUGGUAUUGUGCGUGCUGAGUAUGAUCUUCCUCAGGGGUGGCUGUGCGAGAGUAUCGUUGCUGGAACGACACUUGGUGAACUGCCCUUCUUCUCCGAGACUGAUCGAACUGCGACGGCCGUAGUGGAAAGAGAUUGUGUAGUCUGGUUGAUGGAUCGUGACCAGUGGGCGAGGAUCCAGAAGAAGGAGCCGGAGAUUGGAAGAGAGUUGCUCAAGAUAUCACUGAAGCUUACAAGCGAGAGAAUGAGUGCCAUUACUUCUUACAUACUGACGACAGCUGGCUAA